AUUCACUUUUAGUUGAAUUCAACACGUCGGUCGCGUCGAAAGUGUAUAGCGUGUCGUCGGUCACGCGUAUUAAAUUAUCUGUUUUGAACGGAUUGCGCUAGAGAACUAUAUAGAAAAACAUUAUUUUGAAAAUAUUUCAUCAUGGCAAAUGAGAGUUCUACAAGUAUAAACGAUUUAAAAAAUAAAAAUGUUCUGGUAUUUUAUGUGAAUGGCAAAAAGGUUAUCGAUUCCAACCCUGACCCGGAGUGUACUUUGCUGAGCUAUUUAAGAGAAAAACUUCAUUUGUGCGGAACGAAACUAGGAUGUGGCGAAGGGGGUUGUGGUGCCUGUACUGUAAUGAUAUCGAAAAUUGAUCGAAACACAAAAACUAUCAAACAUAUUGCUGCUAAUGCAUGUCUUACACCUGUGUGUUCAAUGCAUGGUCAAUCGGUAACAACUGUUGAAGGAAUCGGAAGUACUCGGACUCGUCUUCAUCCAGUUCAGGAACGUAUUGCCAAAUCUCAUGGAUCACAAUGUGGAUUUUGUACGCCAGGAAUUGUGAUGUCUAUGUACGCUCUGCUAAGAAACUCAUCCCAACCAAACAUGCAUGAUUUAGAAGUUGCAUUUCAAGGAAACUUAUGCCGUUGUACUGGUUACAGGCCCAUCCUUGAAGGAUACAAAACUUUCACUAAUGAAUUCGCAUGUGGUAUGGGUGAAAAGUGCUGUAAGCUUAAUGGAAAAACGGCUGGUAAGAUCACCGAUGACAAAAUUGAAGAAGGCCUUAUUAAUAAAUCCGAAUUCGAACCUUAUGAUCCAAGCCAGGAGCCAAUUUUUCCACCUGAACUUCAAUUGACUGAUAAAUAUGAUAAAGAAAGUAUAUACUUCAAAAGUGAUCGUGUGGAAUGGUAUCGACCAACUUCUCUUAAAAGCUUAAUUCUAAUCAAGGAAAAACAUCCUGAGGCAAAAGUCGUGGUUGGAAAUACAGAGGUGGGAAUUGAAAUUAAAAUAAAAAAACUGUUAUAUCCCGUUAUUAUCAAUCCAUUGGAAGUUCCUGAAAUGGUGAAAAUAGAAAAAACCUCAACUGGCAUUUAUUUUGGAGCCGCUGUUAGUAUCGCGGAUAUUGAAGAUACCCUUAAAAAGGAGAUUGCAUCUAAACCAGAAACAGAAACAAGGUUUUAUAAAUGUGCUCUAGAUAUAUUUCACUAUUUCGCGGGAAAGCAAAUUCGAAAUGUGGCAUCUUUAGGAGGCAAUAUAAUGACUUCUAGUCCGAUUUCUGAUAUGAAUCCUGUAUUGGCGGCUGGUGAGGCAGAACUAACCGUUUGCAGUUUAAAAGAAGGCAUUUUCAACACCAAACAAAUUAGCAUGGGCCAUGGAUUUUUUACAGGAUAUCGAAAGAAUAAGAUUGAACCAAAUGAAAUCUUGCUUGGAAUUCACUUUCCAAAAUCUAAUGAGAACCAAUUUAUUAAAUCCUUCAAACAGGCAAGGAGAAGAGAAGACGAUAUAGCUAUAGUCAAUGCAACCAUUAACGUUAGUUUUAAGCCAAAAAGUAAUGUUAUUGAAAAAAUUAAUUUUGCAUUUGGUGGCAUGGCCCCAACAACUGUCCUUGCUCCAAAAACUUCAGAAGCUAUUAAAGGUCAAAAGUGGGAUCAAUCAAUAAUAGAUUCAGUUGUACGAUCACUGUGUAAUGAGUUACCUUUGUCAGCUGAUGCCCCUGGCGGUAUGAUCGCUUACAGACGAUCGUUAGUCAUUAGUCUUUUCUUCAAGGCCUUUUUAUGUAUAAGUAACGAACUUGUAAGAAAUAACAUUAUUAAGGACUUCAUUGAAAUUGAAGAAAAGAGUGGAUCAGAUACAUUUAAGACACUCCCAUUGAAAAGUACUCAACUCUUCGAAAAAGUUUCGUCUAAUCAGCCUGAAACUGAUCCCAUAGGUCGCCCGAAAGUGCAUGCAGCUGGUUUGAAACAAGCUACGGGAGAAGCAGUCUAUUGUGAUGAUAUUCCACGUAUGGAUAACGAACUUUAUUUAGCGUUAGUCCUGAGUACAAGGGCUCAUGCGGAAAUAAUAAGCAUAGAUGCCUCAAGUGCCUUAAACUUAGAAGGCGUUCAUGCCUUUUACAGCAGUAAGGAUCUUACCGAGGAUGAAAAUUCCGUGGGAGCAGUUUUUCAUGACGAGGAAGUAUUCGCAUCAAAAGCAACUUGCCAAGGCCUUAUCCUUGGCGCUAUAGUAGCAGAUAAUCAAACUUUAGCUCAAAGAGCAGCAACGUUAGUUAAAAUUGAAUAUCGAGACAUUUCGCCAGUAGUAAUUACUAUUGAAGAUGCCAUUGCCCAUAAAUCGUACUUCCCCAAUUAUCCAAAAAUAAUAACCCAUGGAAAUGUAGAAGAGGCAUUUAAAAAAUCAGACUACAUCAUCGAGGGUACCUGUCGGAUGGGUGGUCAAGAACAUUUUUAUUUAGAAACUAAUGCUGCUUUGGCUGUUCCGCGUGAUAGUGAUGAAAUCGAACUUUUUAGUUCAACUCAGCAUCCAUCGGAAGUUCAAAAAUUAGUAGCCCAUGCACUUUCAUUGCCAGCUUCGCGCGUUGUUUGUAGAGCAAAACGACUUGGUGGAGGUUUUGGAGGCAAGGAAUCUCGAGCAUUUACAAUAGCAAUACCUGUUGCAUUAGCAGCAUAUAAGCUACGACGACCUGUAAGGAUUAUGUUGAACAGAGACGAAGAUAUGAUGAUAACUGGAACAAGACAUCCGUUUUUGUUCAAGUACAAGGUAUCUUGUUCUAAAGAUGGCAAAAUAACAGGUUGUGAUAUAGAAUGCUACGCAAAUGCAGGGCACUCCAUGGACUUAUCAUUUUCGGUUUUAGACCGAGCUAUGUUCCACUUUGAAAACUGCUACAACAUUCCCAACGUUAAAGUUUCUGGCUGGGUUUGUAGAACAAAUUUGCCAUCGAACACAGCGUUUAGAGGGUUUGGAGGACCACAGGGUAUGUUUGCUGGGGAGCAUAUUGUUAGAGAUAUAGCUAGAGUCACCGGGAAGGAUUAUACUGAAAUAAUGAAAAUGAACUUCUACCAAAAUGGCGACAGUACGUUUUAUAAGCAAAAGUUGGAAAACUGUCCAAUUGAAAGGUGUUUUAAGGAAUGUCUUGAGCAAUCGAAUUUCUACAAACAGAGAGAAGAAAUCAGAAUAUUCAAUAAAGCGCAUCGUUGGCGUAAACGAGGCAUUGCAAUAGUGCCCACAAAAUAUGGUAUUGCUUUCGGUGUACCACAUUUGAAUCAGGCUGGAGCUCUGAUACAUAUUUAUUUAGAUGGGUCUGUUCUCCUUUCCCAUGGUGGAAUCGAAAUUGGACAAGGUUUACAUACCAAAAUGAUACAAGUAGCUUCGAGAGCAUUAGGAAUCCCAUCGGAACUUAUACACAUCUCAGAAUCAUCUACAGAUAAGGUUCCAAAUACAUCACCAACGGCAGCUAGUUGUGGAUCAGAUUUAAACGGAAUGGCUGUCUUAGAAGCUUGUGAAAAAUUGAAUGCUAGACUCAAGUACUACAAAGAAGAAUUUCCCGAUUUGACCUGGAAGGAAUGGAUAAAUAAAGCAUAUUUUGAUCGUGUUGGACUUUCGGCUACAGGAUUUUACAAAACUCCCGGACUUGGAGUUGAUCCAGUGACGGGGGAAACCAAAAUAUUCAAUUACUACACUAAUGGGGUAGGUGUAUCUGUUGUGGAAAUAGACUGCUUGACUGGAGAUCAUUUGGUUAUUAAAACUGAUAUUGUAAUGGAUAUCGGCUCAAGUAUAAAUCCAGCAAUUGAUAUUGGACAAAUUGAAGGAGCAUUUAUGCAAGGCUAUGGACUUUUUACGAUGGAAGAAUUGAUGUAUUCUUCAAAUGGGAUGUUGUACUCAAGAGGACCUGGAAUGUAUAAACUACCUGGAUUUGGAGAUAUUCCUGGAGAAAUGAAUGUCAGUUUAUUAACAGGUGCUCCAAAUCCAAGAGCUGUUUAUUCUUCAAAGGCUGUUGGGGAACCACCGCUUUUCAUAGGAAGCAGCGUAUUUUUUGCAAUCAAAGAUGCAAUCUCAGCUGCCCGAAAACAAAAUGGAGUUGAUAGUAAUUUCCGUUUAGAUGCACCAGCAACUUCCGCUCGUAUAAGAAUGGCUUGCAAGGACAAAUUUACGAAACUAGUUGAGUUGGAAUCUGAAACGGCAAAACCCUGGAACGUUAUUCCAUAAGUUGAAAUUUAAAUUUAUGAAAAUUGAACUUAUAACAAUAUAAAAUGUACAUAUAAUCAAA